GUGAAGCCUCUUAGUCGAUAAAAAAAGAAUUCACGACCCUUCUCUCGGUAUAUCGAUCUAAUCGGUUUGACUCUGCUCGACAGACGACUGGAGGUUUAGUCCUAGAAACUAUUUACCUUCUGUUCUUCUCAAGAUGAUGUGCAACGAUAUUGAUGCGUUGCCUUCUUUUAUCAACUCCUCCCAAAAUGGUCCAUACAAUUCCUCUAUAGCCUCUUCCGCCUCAUCCUCCGCAGCUUCGGUUUGGUCCGAAGCAUCUUCUCAAUCCUCCGACGACACUACCAUUUCUGCAUGUGCUUCUGAUUCGUCAGAGCAAUGCGCUUCUUAUUCUUAUACCCGGCUGUCUAGGCCUUCCAGAUCUGAUGUUGCAUGCAGCCAGAUCUCACUAAACACUUGUUGGCCAGCACAGCCGCAACAAGCCGAAGUUCCGCAGGAGCUUCGUCGUAAUCCACGACGCACCAACAGUGGUGCGACUACUAGGACCGGAUGUCCUCCGCCUCUGGUUCGCCAAAGCGAUCGCAAGGUAAACUUUGUCGAUAGCCUCGUCGAUUCGUCGACCCAGAUUGUAGAAGCAAUUUGGCCACUAUCUUCCGUUUUUCAUCGACAGGAAAUGGGACCCAAAGCCGUGCUACCUCUGCGCACUUUCAUCCAGGAAACGCUGCGCCGAUCUCGCACGAGCUACUCUACUUUGCAAGUCGCCCUCUAUUAUUUGAUACUGAUUAAGCCCCAUGUUCCUAAGCAUGAUUUUACUAUGGAGCAACCCGAUGAUGUCCACGCAAACAGGGUUCUUCAGUGUGGUCGUCGUAUGUUUUUAGCCGCCUUGAUUCUUGCCUCGAAGUACUUACAGGAUCGAAACUACUCGGCACGGGCCUGGAGCAAGAUAUCCGGACUUGCGACGCAGGAAAUUAACCAGAACGAGAUGGCGUUUCUUGAGGCUGUAAAAUGGAAACUUCACAUCACCGACGCUGUUUUUAAACGGUGGACCGAAAUCGUUCUGAAGCAUACGCCAUCGCAGCCCCCCUCAUCCGGAUCAGCCUGCUCCCAGAUUCCAGACCACCAGCACCAAGAGUGGAGGGAUUUGAUUUUGAACCUUGAGCCGGAGUUGAAUAAUAUUGAGGAUCUCAUCCCGUUGAGCCCUUCAACGAGCAAGUUCCGAGAUACUACACCAACUCCGUCCCUACCGGCCCCCUCUCCUCGGUCGGAUGCGUCCAGUUGCGCGAGCGAUCUGUCUACGCCCAAAACCUUUAAUAUUCCUUUCGUUAUGGAGCCUGCACCGGCCACUGUACAUACUCCAGGUCGUUUUGCCCCAGCUUUGGGUCUACUACCUACUCCCCGUCUCACUCCGCAGUCAGUCGGUUUCAGUACUCCCGCCGCGAGUGUUGCUACCUGUCUUCUCAGCGGAAAAGGCUCCAUGGGCUUCGCUAUGGCGCAAGCUGCAAAUGUUUCUGCCUCCCAGAAUCUGGACCGAUGGCCUGGCUCUAUCAAUUCUUCGCCUAUGAGUUACGUUUCGACACGUCGUUCUUCACUUGCCAAUUCUAUUUCGACAGCGUCUUCACCGGAAUCGAUGAUCUCUGAUUCGUCGCGUACGUCUCGCUCAUCCUCGAUCUCAUCUGCUUCGUCGCUGGCCAGCGCGCCGUCCACCAAAUUGGAUGUUCAGGCGCGACGCCGAUACGCGAGGUUGUGUAGUGAGAGGCAGAGUUUAAGACCUAUCAUCGCUUCGGUACCUGAAGACUACGAAGAGAAUUGUAUCACGUCCUCGCCCGAAUCUUACACCGGCACGGUGGGUAAAGAUUUGGUACAGAUGUCGAUGGAGACUCCGUUGGCCCGAGGGUGUGAGCUUGAUGACGCCGCGAACGCCGCUCGUGCUCUGCAAGAACUUCACAGUUACCACCAGCGAACGAACCCUCAGCCUCGGCUUCCCGCUAGGCUCGGCUCAAAGCGAAGUAGACCGUCGUCGAUCGACAACUCCCUCCAAGAGAAUGUCCGCGAGAUGCUAAGUACUCAGUAUUACAGUAUCAAUGAAAGAGAAGGCCAUGAUUCUAUGGUUCGCGGUCUCACAUCUAUGGAUCUAGGCAACCAACAAACUCCGGUUCAGUCGAACGGGGGACGAAAACGAUUCUGCUGCUCAACAGAUGCUCGACCAUACGUUAUCCCCACAAUGCAUCCUGCAGUCGGUGGUCCCGGUGGCCCGGGCAUGUGGGAAGGUAUCUUGCCUUAGUAUCAUUUGCUAUCUGCAGUAUGCUUAGGUAUUUCGCGCAACCGACGACAAAUAUCCCUUGUGACAAUAUUCAACUAUUUCUUUUGUUCUACAACGGGAGGGAUUCAAUGGCUUGAUACCACGGAAGUCAUACUUUAUAGAGAACCCCAACAAUGGUCAAUGGCACAGGCGAAAAAAAUCAUCUUUUUUCUCGGUUCAUGCAUUUCCAGGAUCAGCAUAUGGGGAAGGAAGGUGGGUAGUUGCUUG